AUGUCUUUAACUUUCAACAGAUCGAUCGUGGCGUUUUCGCGCACCAAGAAUGAAGACGUAGAGCAACUGGUACCGAUCCAGCUGGCUUGUCCUCGCACAGGCAAGCCCAUGCUGUAUCUUCAUGACGUUGAACGUGGUGUGCUAUACGAACUACAGAAGGUGGUUGGUCCAGGCCGAAAAGCCUGCUGGCUCAUGGAUAAUCAGUUGCACAAAGAUGGAUCAAUACAGUUUAUUUCACCUAUCGAUCCUUUAUUUAUUGCUCUUCCUAUCUUGCUUCGUGCACGGGAGCAGUCCGAGGGCAAGUUCCGCACCAUAGAUGACAUGUUUGGUUGUGAACAGGAUAUGCAGCACCAAAAACUAUUGGAUCUAGCUGGUUUCGAGGCUCAAUUGGGGCAUAUUUGUGAUAUUCGCGACGUCUCACCCGAAUUAAGAGCAUAUCGCCUUAACGAUGACAAAGUGUUGGUGUGGCUCGUGAAAAAGAUGGAACGCCUACUGCCUGCAAUCCCAUCCCUUAUAAUCGACGACAUCAAAGAAGAUCAAAAACAAGAUGUCUAUCGACAAGAAGCAGUGUAUCUCUUGGCUAAAUAUGUAUCAGAAUCGCAGCUCAAGACACUAUUACAGCAUUUGGGUAUCGAAGAGAUAAAAGAGGAAACAGCUGAUAUUACAAGCUAUUUUGUGGAUAAUACAGCAUCCUACUUCAAAGCUUCACAUUCUAUGCCAAAAUCCCACGAUGAUGGAAACACGCCUAAGAAACCUGAAACACCAAGAAGCUUAGCAAAAGUGAAUACCCGAGGAAUGAAGCCUUUGACGAGCUUUUUCAAGAAGAAAUAA